GGUGUGUUUCAAACAUACCGCCCCUUUGAGUCGUCAUCAAAAAAUUGACCUACGAAAAUAUUUCAAGCGCAAUUUGGUGACAGCUAGUAAGGUCCCAGCUUGAUUUCUAGCUGAAAAUGCCGUUUUGUCGGCAAAAAUAAGUGGUAGACACUAAUCAGAGUGUCAUGUCCGUUGCCUGAUCAAUUAAACUGCCGAUAUCCGCCCCGAAUGGUUCGACUCGACCUCUGACCCAAUUGGCCAAACAGUCGUCCAAGUUGGGGGCCAACUCACUCUCAGUUCUAAUUUAUAUUCUCGACCCAACACGAAAGGAUCAUGGCUGGCGACGGCGGCGACGCGACCAGCAACGACGUGCCCCAGUCGUCUGCCGAACGGCCCAACAAGCUGAUGAAAUUGUCCUCGUACCUGUUGGCGCUGCGACCGUGGUCUCUGAGCGCCUCGAUGAUGCCCACCCUUCUCGGGAGUGCAAUCGCGCACAAGAGCACCGGUGACUUCAACCCUGUGCUGCUGGUGGUGACGGCGUUCACGGUACUGUCUGUGCACGGCGCCGGCAACGUCGUCAACACCUAUUUUGACUACAUUAAAGGCAUCGACAGCAAGAAGCAGAGUGACGACCGUACUCUUGUCGACCAGCUUCUGUCCAAAGAUGAGGUGGUUACUCUUGGUGCAAUGCUGUACAUGCUUGGCUGCGUGGGCUUCAUCUUCCUCGCGAUGCUGUCGCCAGCAAAGAUGGAGCAUCUGGCGCUGAUCUACUUUGGCGGGUUGUCCAGCUCGUUCCUCUACACAGGCGGCAUCGGGCUCAAGUACAUCGCGCUGGGCGACGUGCUCAUCCUGGUCAUCUUUGGGCCGCUGUCGGUGUUGUUCGCGUAUAUGGCGCAAACGGGGCGCGUCACCUGGGCCACCAUGUACUACGCCAUCCCGCUGGCGCUCAAUACGGAGGCCAUCCUGCACAGCAACAACGCCAGGGACCGGCAGAGCGAUGCCAAGGCGGGCAUUGUCACGCUGGCCAUCCUGGUCGGGCACACGGCCUCGCACGUGCUAUACGCGGCGCUGCUCUUCGGCCCCUACAUCAUCUUUGUGGUAAACGCGCUGCACUACUCGGUGUGGCUCCUCCUGCCAAUGGUCACCCUGCCGUCGGCCUUCCAGCUGGAGAAGGAGUUCCGCAGCGACAGCAUGCAGCGGGUGCCCCGCAAGACGGCCCGGCUCAACCUCUUCUUCGGACUGCUCUAUGUCGUUGCCAUUUACAUGUCGGACGCCACGCGUCUGCCCUACAUCCACUAGUGCUCAGCCUACUGUGAAGCUGCUCCGAUACUGAGCCUCCGCUUGCGUACUCUCGAUAAUACGGGCUUAAUCAAAAUCAUGUGACACCAGAUUGGUGGCUCUUAACUCAUUUAGCCAAAUAUUCAUACCAAUCCAAUUAAACCAAUUAUUCUUUAUUAACAAAUUAUUUUCUUGCCGUACUUAAUAUUUUACGCAUGAAGUUUGAUAUAAUAACAGCUUUCAAGUUAUUUUGUCCAAUUUGAUUUAAAUAAAUUAAACACAAGCCAGGCAUCAAAUGUCUAUUAAUGCAAUCGCAGGUGUGCAUGUUAAUGGAUCGUUGAUAAAAUUUGGUGUUCAAGAGAAGGUGAUCUUACAUUAUUUGCAUAUUAGUACUCUCAAAACUGUAUCGGUCGCUUUGCAGCAGAAAUGUUAAACUUGUGCAAGAGGAAUUUUUGUAUCGGAGCUAGCUUAUCAUCACGCAAAACUAGAGUGACGCCACAAACGUGCAUUUGUGUAACAAUCGUGUCGCGUGCUGUCCAAAUCGCGAGUGCGUGUGUGCGGUACUUAUAACGAGAAGAUGAUAUUCGCGCCACCGUGUGGCACCAAAUGUGUGAUUGCUACUGGAGGCUUUUGGUUCGCCGUGUGGUCGUUACGAGCGGAAGGCUUUCAAAGCCUGGACUGUGCAGAUGAUACAAAAGUUGUAUUCGGCAUGUUGUCAAUUAAUUGAAAUCUCACGUUGUUCUUGUUGAUUGUGGAAAGUGCCAAGAUAGAGGUUCUAUUUUGUUUCCGUAUCGAUUGGUCGGAGAUCAGUAUGUUGAUUAUUUAACGUUUUGCUCAAGUUACACAAACAUAAAACGCAUCGACUCCAUAAAAUGUGUGAGGAACGUUUUCUAUUAGUUGGCAGUUAAGUAAACUUAUUAAUUUGUCGUUAUAUUUACAUGUAUUGUCAUAUCAAAGUAACAAUUCAGUAUGCCACACAUAACGUGGUUGUGCUGAUUUUCUAGAUUUUUACUUGCUACGAACGACUUUCUUGUCGUGUUGCUGAUUUUUGACCAGCGAUUAUUUGCUACCAAGGAGGGUUAUAGCAGUAAUUUUGCAGCUCUGAAACUACAUGUGUGCUGACAAUACUCGAAAUCAUACACUGUGCUUAAAAUUCGAAUAAAAACUAUUCUUCUGUCCAAAAAUAAAAUAA